AUGACAACAGGAAACAAAUCAAAUUUAUGUUCAAUCUGCAAUAAAUUACCAGGAAUUCGUUUUUGCAUUGGAUGUAAUACAUACUUUUGUCCAAAGGAUUUCCGAGAACAUGAAAGACAAUUAGUAAUUAAAUUCGAUAACGAAAUAAUUAGAUCUCACGAUGAACUUCUUGAUCAAUUAUACAAGUUAGAAAAAUCAAAUUAUUUGUCACUAGAUCUUUUCGAUCAAAUUGAACAAUGGAAGAAAACAACAAUUAAUAAAGUUGAAAGAGCGGCAGAAAAGGCACAGCAUGACCUUGCUGAGCUAAUACAUAAAAAACAAGCAAAAGUAACAAAACAACUUCAAUCACUUACAAAAGAAAUUCGUUCACGUCGAGAAGAAGAAAUUUUUCUUGAAAAUGAUAUUGAUCAACUUAAACAAGAAAUCGAUAAAAUUAGACAAAAACUUGAAAAAUUCAUUCAAAAAGAUCACAAUCAAAGCAUUAUUAUUGAAAAUAAUCAAAUUGAUUGGAAUCAAUUUCUCUACAUUCGAGAAAUCGAAGAUGAACGCAAUAUUGAAGAAAAACAACAAAGUCCAGAAAAACAAAUUAACUGUGAGUAUUUUCAAAAUAAUCUCUGA